AGUUUCGUUGUUUCAAACAAAAACACACAGACUCGUGUUCUGGUUCCAGUUUGUAAUUUGCAUUUUUUUGCAUUAAUUUCGCAUAGUUUAUUUGAUUUCGAUGAGGUAUGUCGAUAAAUGACACACCGUGCCAAUUGUUUCAGACGAGUGUCAAUGGAAUCAAUGUGAAAUUUGGAAAUAGUGAACGAUAUUAGCAAUUUGCUUUGGGUGUAAGCAAUUACUUAACACACAUCGCUGGCACACUCAACGGUGUGAAGUUGAUCCGUACACAAGACACACAAACACACGCACAUCGCAACUGCGAGCACAACGCAUACACACAUACCAAAAUACACACGUACACUCGUCGCGCUGCCCAGUUCGAUGUUGAAUUUUCACUCUAUUUCGCCUGCUGUGAGUGUGUAGCAUUUCAAUGUUACAAAUGUACAAAUUAUAUACGGUCGCAUCAUUUGUAAACUUGUUCACAAGCUGUGAGUUCGUAUUCAAUAUGGCGGCGUUUACAAAGAACAAAGUCGAAUAAAUUUUGCAGCCGUAUCAACGUUGAAUGUUGUUUUCAUGACAAUUAAUUCGCUAGAAAGGCUAUCGUUUUGGCCGCAAACACAUUAAUUAAGAGUUUCGCAUUAAUGGUAAUGCAUGCUAGAAAACCACAACGUUUGAACGAUGGGUACUUUGAAAAGCAUCAAGCCCAUCCUUAUCAGAGUUCGAAAUAUAGUUCCAAACGGGACUAUGAACGAGAGGCUAGCAGUAGGUCAACAAAUUAUAUACGCGGCAGUGAACGUGAUUUGUCGCCCAGCAGCAAUGUGCCAAGUGGUACACUAAACGGUGGUUCAUAUCGUUCAGAUUCGCCCGAUUUGGAUUCGCCGCGUGAUAGCCGAGACCGUUCGGAUCGUUAUCAAAGCUCUAGUUAUAUUCAAAAAAUUAAAGAUCGUGGUAGAAAUGAUUAUAAAAAAGAUAAAUAUGUAGACAAACGUGAUAGACGAGACCGGGAUGCUGAGCAUCGAACGAACCAUGAUCGAAUCGAGAUGUCUAGCAGCAGCCGACGCUCUUCGAAACUCAUGUACCAGCCAUCAGACAAACAUUCAGGUUCGAGAGAACGUGAACGGGAUCAUCGUGACAGAGGGAACGGGAGCAAUAACAACAGUAACAGCACUAGCGACCGAAUAAGUCGAUCGUCUGAUUGGAGUGAGCAUAUCAGUUCGUCUGGCAAAAAGUAUUAUUACAAUUGUAAAACCGAAACAUCAACAUGGGUACGACCGACAGAGUGGCGGGAGAAAGAGAGAUUGCUACCAAAAGAGCAGCACAGGGAAUACAGAGAUAAAGAACGGGAUAGAGACAGAGAAGACCGAUUUUCUCGAUCUUCAUAUGCAAAGCAUUCCAGUUCACGGAGCUCUCGAGUAAGAUGGCCACAUGAUUCAGAAAAUGUACAAAGCCAUCGAAGGCGUAACGAAGCAGACAGUCAAGAUAACAUGGACAUCAGCCCAGGUGAUUCAACUCCGACGUCAGAAGCAAGUUAUUCGCAUUCAAGUACACCAAAUGCACAACCUCAACAGAUUGCCGAUGGUCCAGUGUUGCUGGCAAAUGCACGAUUGGCACCGCAUCCAUCGACAUCAAACAACUACACAACGUCAUCAUCUGCAAGCGUUAUUAAUACUUCAUCGUCAUCUAGUUCUGGUAAUAAUAAUUUAUCCAGUGGUUUACAUUCGUCGUCUACCACAUCCGCAUCGUCUUCAUCUAAAUUAAACAAAAAUUCAGAAAGUAAUUCACUGCACAAUUCAAAUCUGCCUACAUCAUCUCCUUCAACAGCCCUGAUACACAGCGCCAACAGCACGACUAGUAGUAACAGUAAUUUAAGUAAUAAUCACAGUGGUCAACAUAAUUCAGCGUCGCUAACAUCGUCGCCGUCAUUACCAGUAACGUCGUCAUCGAAAAAGAACCACCAUGCAGACAUCAAAUCGAUGGGUCAUUCAAAUGAUUCAGCGCAACAUUCGGGGCUGAGCGGUUCCGGUUUGGGUGAUGGAAAUAAUCAAAUAGCGAAUAAUAAUACUAGUAAUUCUUCAAAUAGUAUAAGAGAACACGCAUUACAUUCACCGUUGUACAAUCUGCCGCACAAUCUGUCCGCGCUGAAUCAUUCGAGCAGCGGCAAUGGUGGCAGCAACAGUACGACCGGUCAAUAUGUGCAAUCCGGCAUGAUGACACCACAAUCAACUGGCUUAGGUAUUGGCAUUUCGUCACAAUUUUCGGCGGCUGGACUGAAGUCUGAUGGUAGUAGCACUUUAAAUGUUGGCGAUGGCCACGGCCCACCGACACCAACUCAAGAACUAGAUAUGACGACUGAUCAUCGGAAAUUGGAUGGAACAUCGGCUUCGUUGAGUAGCCUGCAGGGUGUAUCAUCACAAAUGCUUCGGCACCAAGGCCCCAGUCUCACACCUAGCUUAGCAAACUAUUUCCGUGCCGAUUUGAUCGCGCAUGUUACCAAUUGGCCUGCUGAAAUCUUGGAGAGGCAGGUAAGAAAAGCACAAUUGGCAUCAGAUGAAGCUAACAUCAUUGGAAAUUUACAGUGUACUAAGGUGUCGGCAGAUCUAAAAUCGGCUCGUAGCGUAGUUAGAAUCACAGAAAUUACAGCAACCCUACAAGAACAAAAAGUAAUGUACUUGCGACAUCAAAUACGACGAUUAGAGGAACUCAAAUCACAAAAUUCAUUUAUGUCUGAGGAUCUAUAGCCAAUUCGUGUCCGCGUUAUUAAAUAUAUAAAUAUUAUACUACAUUAUUAUAAUGAUAAUUAUUAAAAAAAACAACAACAAAGUAAUAAAACAAAGUAAUUUACAAAUUAGAAUACGGAAAAAAAGAAGUCGUAAAAAAACAAGUGAGAGUGCGAAAGCCGUAGAAACAGAAAAAAAAGAAGAAAAAAUGGAUAAAACGAGAGGAGUGUGCAGCAGUGUAACUGACUACAAACAAAUUAUCCAGAAAAAAUCUCUUGGGCAAUGUGUGUGUAAAGUGUGUUUCGCUGCUGCUCAAGAUGAGUAAAAAUUUAAAAUUUAAUAGUAACUAUAAAAUACAAAAAAAAUGGCUAAAUCUAAAAGAGUUAAUGAUUGUAAUUUAAAACCGAAAUGGCAAAUAGCAAAACAAACGGAUACAAAUUAUAACUCACUACAACAAACAACAUAAAUUGUAAUAUAGAAAUGACCAGUCCCAUCAGUGGCAUCUUCUUUUGACUUUCUGCAUCAUCAAAAAAAUAGAAAAGAACUAAACAACAACAAAAAAAUCAAGUAAACUUAAAUAGAAUCUAUUACAAAGCAAUUCACUUUACUGAGAUCUUCGAAAUGUGCAUCGAUCAAAAUGCGGCAAAUGAAAACGUAUUUACGACUCAAGAGAUGAAGAAAGAAACCGACCCACACACACACACAUAAAGGGGAAGAAACAUUCAUUUACAAUGACAGAGACUAAUUGUUAAACAAGAAUUUUAACUGUGUUUGAAAGCUAGAAAAAACAAUUGUGUUUGAAAAAGUGUUCGAAUCCAUUACAACAUCAUCAUCAAAAUGAUUUCAUUAACACACAUAUACUUGGUAUCAAUGAAAGUUUGAUACAUUUUAAAUCUCUGAACUUACAAUAUAUUCUCUUUGUUUUUUUUUUUAAGUUGAAUCCAAUCACUGGACUAACGAAACAAUUUGUAUAUUUGGUACAAAAUGUAUUCAGUUGAAAUUUGUCAAUCGUUUUUAUUAAAACAACCACAAAACAAAA